CUGAAUUUCCGUUUUCCGCCAUUGUAAGUUUCUGAUCAGUUACUUUCUACCAUGACAAACUCUGUAGGAACAGGAAGCAAGUCGACGAUCCUAAUGGAAUCGAUUUGGACAUUGACAAGAAAUUCCUUGGCCUGCCUAUCAAGUCAGCCGUCGAUAAGUUUCAACUUCUUCCUGAAUUUUUGAAGGUGGAAAUCAUCACACUGCUUUUGUUUGUUAUUGUUAUGAUUAUAUGUUUAGCCAUGAAAUUAUCUCUAUCACGCUGCUUUUGUCUAAAUUUCAGCCUAUGAUUAUUAACGCACAUAGUUUAAUCAUCUGGUUUCAAGUAAGAGGUCUGGUUCGACAACGCUCGAGAUUUCUUUAACUACUUCGUGAAUACAGAAAUUAAAAAGAUAGUCAAGGCCAAUGAUCGAAUUGAAUCCUGCAAUGAUCGUACUUAUCUUAGGUCGAAUGACAGUGGGAAAAAUGGUUGAACUCCUAGGAGGAAAAGCAGGGGCUUCAUGUGGUAGGUUUCACUAUGGUAGUGCAUUUGGAGAGCCAAGUGGUGAUGCAGACGAAGUUGCUGCUUAUAAGGUAUCACAGGUUGCCCAUUACGAUAUUUAUGGGACCAAUUUACUACCAGAAGAUAAAGCACUUGGGCCGACCGAGAGCAGGCUUCGAAUGGAAAAUCCCCAGAAAAGUUGAAAGGAGCUGGCUCGUUUUUUAUGAAAGUGUUUGGGGUUCUCGCAGAAUGUGCGAAGGAAAAAGCAUAUACACAAGAACAAGCAUUAGAGUAUCUUGAGACAAAAGUUUGUAAGUUAAUUAAGCUAAACUCUUAUGCCUAAAGCUCUUUUACUGCCAAUUAACGAUAUUCUACAAAAUCACAAGCAUCUAUGCAACCACGAUUAGUUCUUGUGUCCAAUAAUUAUUUGUCAAAUGUUCAUGUGGACUUCUCAUUUGCUGUUUGUUAUUUAAUUGUUAUUUUCCUUUUCAAGUUAGAUAACAAUUCUUCUAGAUGAAAGAGAUUCAAUCUCUUCCACAAACCCUUCAUUAUAAGCCUCUUCAUUAUGAAGGAUGAUGCCAUGUACGGGUAAGAAGAAAGUUACCCAUUUCAGAGUUGAUCUUAAACAAGUUGAGUAGCGAGUUUACUGUCCAUGAGCUUACCUUCCAAAAGCCUUAGAGAGAAUACAGGUUAGUGAACAUGCUAGUGUUUGUUCAAAAUUG